AUGAGAGAGAUAGUUCACGUUCAAGGUGGCCAGUGCGGCAACCAAAUCGGCUCCAAGUUCUGGGAGGUUAUCUCGGAUGAACAUGGCGUCGGCCCCUCCGGUGAAUACCGGGGAGACAGCGAUCUACAGCUGGAGAGAAUAUCAGUCUUUUUCAAUGAAGCCACCGGGGGCCGUUUUGUGCCCCGUGCGGUGUUGAUGGAUUUAGAGCCGGGUACCAUGGACUCGGUGAGAUCGGGACCACUUGGCCAGAUAUUUCGACCUGAUAACUUUGUCUUCGGCCAGACUGGGGCUGGAAACAACUGGGCAAAGGGCCAUUACACUGAGGGAGCAGAACUAAUUGACGCGGUAAUGGAUGUUGUGAGGAAGGAAGCUGAAGGAUGCGACUGCCUGCAAGGCUUCCAGGUCACCCACUCCCUGGGAGGGGGCACCGGGAGUGGCAUGGGAACUCUUCUGAUAAGCAAGGUGAAGGAGGAGUAUCCUGAUCGGAUUAUGGAAACCUUUUCUGUCUUCCCGUCGCCAAAGGUUUCUGACACAGUCGUGGAACCCUACAACGCUACUCUCUCGGUACACCAGCUUGUUGAGAACGCUGACGAGGUGCAGGUGAUUGACAAUGAAGCAUUAUACGAUAUAUGCUUCCGCACACUAAAGCUGAGUACGCCAACGUACGGCGAUCUAAACCAUCUGGUUUCAGCUGCAAUGUCUGGAGUCACGUGCUGCCUGCGCUUCCCGGGUCAACUAAACUCGGACUUGCGCAAGCUAGCGGUCAAUCUCGUGCCUUUCCCAAGACUCCAUUUCUUCCUCAUCGGUUUCUCCCCCCUUACAAGCAGAGGCUCGCAGCAAUACAGAGCGCUUACUGUCCCAGAACUCACCGCUCAGAUGUUCGAUGCCAAAAACAUGAUGUGUGCCUCUGACCCACGACAUGGCCGCUACCUCACUGCUUCUGCAAUGUUCAGGGGGAGAAUGAGCACGAAGGAGGUGGACGAGCAGAUGCUCAACGUGCAGAACAAGAACUCGUCCUACUUUGUUGAGUGGAUUCCCAACAACAUGAAGUCCAGCGUAUGCGAUAUCCCGCCUAAGGGGCUCAAAAUGUCUGUUACCUUUAUUGGCAACUCGACGGCAAUUCAAGAAAUGUUCCGGCGUGUAGCAGACCAAUUUACCGCCAUGUUCAGGCGCAAGGCAUUCUUGCAUUGGUACACCGGAGAGGGUAUGGAUGAGAUGGAAUUCACAGAGGCGGAGUCAAACAUGAAUGACCUAGUCGCCGAAUACCAACAGUACCAGGACGCCACGGCUGAGGAUGAGGCUGACAUGGAAGAGGAUCAUGAGGCCGAGGCCUAA